AUGAUGAUGCGCCGUGUGAUGUGUGUGUUGGCCGUUGUGCUGUGCUGUGCCUGCGGGUAUACCAUGACGGCUGCUGCUGCUGUUGAUAAUGACAGUCCCAGUGGCCGUGGUGUAUUCCGUGGGGCUGUGGAGGUGUCGUGCGGGGCCGGCGGUGCGCUGCGUGUACGCCCCGCUGCUGAGAGCGAGUGGCUUACAUGCGGUGCGGGCAGCCGUGUGUCUGCAUGUGACAAGUACGCAGACCUCUGCCGCCAGCGUACCGCAAGAACAACAACAACAACAACAACCAUUGCUAAUGCUGGACAGCCAAAGGCGGUGAUGGUCGUUCUCUAUAAUGAUAGUGAUUUAUGGUCUGGUUGGAGUGAUUUUCAUCAUUCAGUGAAGGCUUAUCAUGAUAAGCAAAAGGCAAAAAAAAUCGAAAAGGAAGGUGUGUAUCAUCCUGGUGAAAGGGAACCCGUUCAAUCAAUUUAUAACUGUAUGGCAAAAGGACUUCCUUAUAAUGGGACACCGUGUAAAGGAACGGAAGCGACUGAAGGAAACAAGCAGAAUAAUACAGUUGCUGUUCAGCAGCAGUCUCAAGAACAAGUAACUCAUAUUGGGCAAACACAAGAAUCGUCAGAAAAGAGUUCAAGAACAGAAGCCUCAACCAGAUCCUCAGGAGACAAUAAUACAGUGCAGCCUUUAACACCAAGAGAUCAACACACCGACAAUGCUCAAUUGGGUGCUCCUUCUCAAGAUGGUGCCCCGCAUGACACUCCACUCAGCACAAACACAACAUCUGCCGAUCCAGUUCCCACUGCCACAGAAAGCUCCAACGAAACCGAUACCAUUUCUCAGCCGAGCCCCGUAAAUACUGUCAGUGAAGAAUCAACCGUGACUCCAUCUCGUGACUUUAAUCUUACCCAGCAUUCUACUGCAACUCCAGGUACGACUGCAGUAUCAGGCUCAGAAAAAACAAAUACCACUUCUCAGCCGAGCCCCGUAAAUACUGUCAGUGAAGAAUCAACCGCCACUCCAUCUCGUGACUUUAAUCUUACCCAGCAUUCUACUGCAACUCCAGGUACGACUGCAGUAUCAGGCUCAGAAGAAACAAAUACCACUUCUCAGCCGAGCCCCGUAAAUACUGUCAGUGAAGAAUCAACCGCCACUCCAUCUCGUGACUCUAAUCUUACCCAGCAAUCUACUGUAACUGUUAAUGCGACUGCUGCGCCAGACUCAGAAGAAACCAAUUCCACUACUCCACAGAGUCCCGAGAACACUACCACAGAAGCACCACCCAGUACUUCAUCUCCUUUACCCAAUCCAGAGAUCAGCAGCAACAUCGCCUCCACUGUACACAAUAAGGCUAAUGUUGACAGCAGUGUCAGUCCUGUGUGGAUGCGCACUGCAGCACCGCUCUUGAUUGUGGCUGUGUUGGUCUCCGCUACUGUGUACUGA